GCACCAACAGCAGCACCAGCAGCACCAGCACCAGCACCAACAGCAACAGCAGCAGCAGCACCACCGCCAUUUCCGUGACAAUAUGCGAUCCCACCGACGCUACUGAUAUGUUGCAUAGUCGAACACUAUUGGAUAUGGAUCCGGAAUCUCAGCAAAGUGAAGCGUUUCUAUUCCUCGAACCGGGCAAUAUUAACUUGCCCGUCAAAUUGGGUGCCAAUAACGUGAUGACUGAGAGGAGAACCGGGCCACGUCAUAUAAUAUUUGUAAAAUGUGACAGCCCACAGCGUCGCAACGUGGAGGUUGAUUUGAAUUUUAUGCCACCGAGCAUCAAACAGUUGUAUGGUCUAAUCUGCUCCAAAUACUCCGACUAUUCCUUUGUCUAUGCGCUGAGUGCGCAGCUGAACCAGGACUGUGUACCCAUGGAGUGUUAUGUCUACCUUAAAAUGGCUCUCUUGAGCAGCCUGGCCAGCCUUGAGCUGGACGAGAUGCGUGCGCCGAUUUCGUUGUGCAUCAUCAGCAACGACAGCUACAUGGCCCAUUUGCUGCUGCACCACAUCGGGCAACUGGCACCCCGUUUCAUUGGGCCCCAUGAAGGGGGUCAGCAACCCAUACAACAUACGGCGUUGUCAUCCCGUUACAAAUGGGCAAUGGCCAGCCCAUUGCUGUUGGCGCAACAGGGCGUGUACUACGCCGGCGACUGGAAUCGGUUGACGAGUGCCCAAACCGAGGAGCUGGAGAAAUGCAUGGAGAAUGGCAGCGUUCCAGUGCCGCAGCUACAGAGCGAGCAGCCGCUCAACGCGGCCAUUUGGACGUAUUGGCAGCCGGAAAACGCAGCCAACCAGUCAACGGCGUUCGCCAAGCUGUGUCCCAUCUUUGGCCUGCCUGUGUACAUGGAUGCGCAGGCGAAUAAUACGUUGUGGGACUUUGUGCUCGGCCAGCAUCAAAGGGAUGUCCAAGACGAAAUACACGAUGUAUUCAAUAUACCCAAAGAUGAUAUCAGAACAAUGGUCAGCUUCCUCCAUCAGCGCCAGGUGGCCUUCACGGGCGAGGCGGAACAAUUGCUGCAAAAAUACUAUGUUGUCUCGCGCAUCGAGCAGCCAACUGCAUUCAGCAGCAAGACUUAUGUUGUGCUAAAGCAAUUUGCUGAAUCGAUUGCCAAGCUGUCCAUGCGACUGCUUGUGCUGGAAGCCGAUGUGGCCGUUGCCAUAUUCCACUGCGAGAAUUUCGUGCGCAGCAUCUUUGGUGCUGGCAACUGUCCGCCGCCUGCUGUGGUCAAUUUGAAUGUCAUCUCCCGUGUGGACCCGUACAUGAAUGAGUUCGCGCGCUGGCUAUAUCAGUAUUUGGAUCGCUAUGAGGACGAUAUGGGCAUCGACAAGGCACAGCCAAAGCGUCAGCGCAUUGACAGCUUCUAGGAAGGUGAAAACUAAAUGUGACAUUGAAUGUUUCACAGAUGAAAAUACUUAACCUUUAGAUAUAUAUGUAUAUAAUAUAUAUAUAUAUGCGAGCAAAUAAACGAAUAUCUGUG